AUAUGUUGUUGGACAUAGAAACGGAAGCCAUUGAAUGUAAAAUGGCUACAACAAGAAGAAGAGAUGAUGAUAUAAACAAGUUUAAAGUCGGGUGUGUUCCAACAGUAUUUUACAUUCCGGACUUCAUCUCCGAUUCCCACCAAAAACAACUCUUGAAUCAUAUUUACACAGCUCCAGUUUCCAAAUGGAAGUCUUUAAAAAACAGGAGAUUGCAAAAUUGGGGAGGGAUUGUUCAUGAAAAGGGUCUUUUACCUCAAGAUUUACCACCAUGGCUGACAAACGUUACAGAGAAAAUCAGCAACCAAUCAUCUCUGUUUCCUUCUGCCAUCAAUCACGUACUGAUCAAUGAAUACCUUCCCAACCAAGGCAUAAUGCCUCACCAAGAUGGUCCUGCUUAUUUCCCGGUGGUGGCUAUUCUUUCAUUAGGAUCACCUGUUGUUAUGGAUUUCACGCCCCAUCCGAGUUUAGCAGGCUGUACAAGCAAUACUGAAAAUAGAGGCAUCAUAGAAGGAACUGAUCAUGUGACUUCACCAAACCACGACCCUUUUUCUAUCGCACUGAUGCCGCGCAGUCUAUUGAUAUUUAAAGACAUGGUGUACACAGAUUACUUGCACGGUAUAAACGAUUGUGAAAUUCAGCCAUAUGAUACGGCAGUGAAUGCCACUGAGGUUUCACCUUACCAAAGUGUCAAUGAAACACAUGACGAGGAUUUGAAGGCUAUUCAUAGAUCUACUACUAGGGUUUCGUUGACAUGUCGUGUAGUAUCCAAGGUCCACAGGAAUCUGUUCAGGUUCUGAAUAUGUUUCGAGUAGUUUUAUCUAUAUAUGAUUUUAGGAUCAUGUGUUUUAAGUAGAUUUCUUAGCUAUUUGAUCCUGAGGCUCGAAAUGUUCAUCUUGAAAUGAAUUUGGUAAUUUUUAUUCAAAUAAAUUUUUAUGAGCUCUGAAAA